AUGAAGUUUGGUAGUCAAUUAAGAGCAGCCUUAUAUGACGAAUGGGCUGAGAAUUAUGUUGAUUAUGACGGACUGAAGAAACUUCUUAAGCGUGGAAUUAAUAAAGAAGGUGGUUAUGGCGGAAAAGACGAAACUGAAUUUACAGGAAAGUUAGAUAAAGAGCUUGAAAAGGUCUAUGCUUUUCAAAAUGCUAAAUAUGAAGAGAUCAAGAAUAAAGUUCAACGCUGUGAAGACACUGUUAACUUAAUAAGCAAAGAUUCAUCAUCAAAUGCGAAGGAACGUUAUAUGGAAGUAGAACGCCAAAUUAAUGACAUUACCGAGGAAUUGAACGAAUUAGCAAAGUAUAAAAGAUUAAAUUAUACAGGAAUCAUGAAAAUUAUAAAGAAACAUAACAGGCGAACAAAAUUUGAUCUUACUCCAUUGUUUAGCGUUCGAUUAGAAUCUUGCCCCUUUUAUAAAGAAACCUUUGAACCUAUCGUUAUAAAUCUUUCCCAACUUUAUCAUACAGUGCAUCAAGGACUUGGUUCCGAUCAAAGUUCAACUCCAUUAAAUCUUUCUUCUAUUAAUGCGACCGCCUUGCCAUCCCGAGAAAGACAUUUGCAUCAAUCUCGUAAAUAUUGGAUUCAUCCUGAUAACGUCAUGGAAGUUAAAACCACUAUUUUGCGUCACCUUCCGGUUUUAAUAUAUAAACCGGGUUCUGAUCCCUCCAUUACAUCAUUAUAUUUUGAUAACGAGGCUUUUGAACUUUACCAAGAUAAAGUUGAUCGUAAGCCUGGAGAUCAAAUCAUCAGAUUACGUUGGUAUGGUAAAAAAGAAUCGACACAUGAAAUAUUUGUUGAAAGAAAAGUUCGAGAACAGGGGGAAGAAGAAGUUAAAGAUCGAUUUUUAAUUAAAGAAAAAUAUGUUGACGAAUUCUUAAAAGGAACUUAUUCCAUGGAUAAGACAAUCAAAAAAAUGAAAGAAAAUCCUGGCAAGACUGAAGAGGAUAUAAAAAAUUUUCAAACAUUGGUUAAAGAUAUUCAGGAUACUAUUAAUGAUAAGAAUUUGCAGCCAGUCCUUCGUACUUACUACAAUCGUAUGGCUUUUCAAAUUCCACGCGACGAUCGUGUCAGAAUUUCACUUGACACCGAAUUCUAUAUUAUUCGUGAAGAUAAUUUUGAUGUAAAACGUCGUCUGCUCGAUUCUUGGCGUCGAUUGGAUAUUGACGAUGCUAAUUUCGGAAAAUUGUCGCCAUCGGAAUGUACUAAAUUUCCUUACGCUAUUUUAGAGAUCAAACUCAAUUUGGACGGUGAACAAGAACCAAACUGGGUCAAAGAAUUAGUUAAAAAUGGUCUGAUUGAAGAAGCUCCACAAUUUUCCAAAUAUGUUCAUGGUGUUGCAACUUUAUUCACUUCUCAAGCGCCCUCUCUACCAUAUUGGUUGCCCAAUAUCGACAAAGACAUUCUUAAGCCAAGUGUACGUCAAACAUCUGAAGGUCUCGAUGAAGAUUAUGAGGAAGGGUCAUCAUCCGCAUUAUAUGGUAUUAGUCAAGAAAACUCAAACCGUCCAGGAAAAAAUAUAAUUGAUAUCGAUUCCGGAGAUAGGAGGGAUAAAGGAAAAGCUGUUGAACCUAUUGGUCUUAAAACUUUUAGAAAAAUCUUUAGAAGGCGUAUUCGUUCAAGACCGGAUAGAUCAAUUAUACCUUUUAAUGUUAAAGAACCAGAGAAAAUUGUGGGAGUUGUAAAAGUGGAGGCAAAAGUGUUUUUCGCUAAUGAAAGAACGUUCUUUUCAUGGAUGAGAUUUAGCAUUCUACUAAGUACUUUUGCUUUAGCAUUAUUUAAUGCAGCCGCUGCAGAUAAUGAUCUUGGAAUGCGAUGUGCUAUGGCUUAUACAGCAAUAGGUAUUACCACUUUGGUAUACUCACUUUACAGUUACAAUAGAAGACUCAGUAUGAUCAACGCUAAAAAUCCGGGUCCUUAUGACGAUGUUGUAGCGCCAAUUUUUGUAUGCAGUUCUUUAAUCAUUGCUUCUGGAUUAAAUUUUUAUUUAAAACUUCAUCCCACAUUGAUUGAAGGAAGUCAUAAUGAUAGCACGAUUAAUAUAAAAUAA